AUGGCCAACCUUCCUCCAUUUCCUUCGUUCAACAUCCAUGACAGCGGCGACACGUCAAAUUCUUCGUCAAAUUCAGCCGGCCCAAAGGAAGAAAACCAUGUUGCCAGUGAACCCCUGGUGAACAUUAAAGCUACAACAGAUUCUUCUACCCAGUCAGAUAGUGAAAAUGUGCAGUUCACAAGUGAUCAUAGUUAUGCUAUUGAUGAAGACUCCACAUAUGAGCUUGACUCCUUCCAGGAGACAAACAAUGAUAAGCCUGAAGCUGAUGUGAUGGAAUGUAACACUGACUCUAGGCAGUCCAGCUGUCUCCUUGGGGCCAAAACUGCUCAAGCUCUGGAUAUUGUUCAGUUUGCAUUUUCUUCGUUUGCAGCUUCAAGUUCUAUUCCAGAUCAGUACCCUUCUCUGUUUGAUGGCAAGAUGGGCAAGAUAGAGGGCAUCUCUGUGAAACUGCACAUUGAUCAUGAUGUUCCCCCAGUGACACAGCGUCAUAGGCGAAUUCCAUUCCAUGUACGCAAAGAUGUUGAGGCUGAACUCAAGCGUCUUGAAGACCUUGAUGUUAUUGAGCCUAUUUCAGGUCCCACACCCUGGGUAAGCCCCGUUGUAGUUGUCCCCAAAAAGUCAAAAGGUGUUCGUGUUUGCAUUGACAUGCGUGAGGCUAACAAGGCUAUCUCUAGGGAGAAACACCCUAUGCCAACUGUGGAAGAACUUAUGUCAGAUUUGAAUAGUUCUACAGUAUUCAGCAAACUUGAUCUGUCCAACGCAUAUCACCAACUUGAACUUGAUGAGUCCAGCAGGUACAUCACUACUUUUGUCACUCAUGUUGGUUUACGGCGCUACAAACGUCUAUUGUUUGGUGUGAAUGCUGCAUCUGAAAUUUUCCAGAAGACGGUUGCAGACCUCCUUGCUGACAUCCCUGGUGCAAAGAACUUGGCAGACGACAUCAUUAUUCAUGGUAAAUCUCAGUCAGAUCAUGAUCGAGCACUUAGCCUUACAUUGGAGCGACUGAACAGAUGUGGUGCCAAACUCAACAGAGAUAAAUGUGUCUUUUCUGUAAACAAAAUCUCUUUCUUUGGCCAUGUUUUCAGCGAUACAGGUGUUUCGGCUGAUCCAGAAAAAAUUAAGGCUAUUGUAGGUCACUCAGCUCCUCAAAACCCAGCUGAAGUAAGAUCUUUCCUUGGCAUGACGCAGUAUGUUUCUCGAUACAUACCUCACUAUGCAACCAUGACUGAGCCACUCAGACGUCUCACUAGGCAAGAUGUUCCUUGGGAUUGGUCAAGUGAUGCCCAAAAUGCUUUUGAUAGUUUGCGAUCUGCUCUGUCUAGUACUAAGGUGAUGGCUUACUUUGACCAGAACAAGUCAACUGAGGUUCUUGUUGAUGCAUCCCCUGUUGGAGUCGGAGCGAUUCUCACUCAGGAAGGUAGAGUUAUAUGUUACGGAAGCCGUGCACUCACAGACGUGGAACAGCGAUAUUCACAAACAGAUCGUGAGAUGUUAGCUGUUGUUUAUGGUGUUGAGCACUUCCAUCUGUAUCUCUUUGCUUCUGAAUUCAAGGUGAUCACAGAUCACAAACCCCUUCUAGGUCUUGUGAACAGUCGUAAACCUGCUUCUGCGCGCAUUGAGAGAUGGCGUCUUCGGUUGAUGCCGUAUCAGUUCACACUCGAGUAUCGUCCAGGUAAAGAUGACCUGAAUCCUGCUGACUAUAUGAGCAGGCACCCAUUCACGAAGCCAAAACGUGAUAAUGCAGCUGAGGCUCAUGUUGCUUUCAUUGUCCAGAAGGCAGUACCGAAAGCUAUGUCCUUACAGGAGAUUCAAACCGCAACCAGAGAGGAUGCUACACUGCAGAAAGUUAUGACAGCCAUUCAGUCCGGCAACUGGUCUCACUCCGAUUGUACGUCCUUUGUCAGGUUUCGAGAUGAGUUUUCGAUAGUAGAUGGUGUUAUUUUGCGUGACCACCGCAUUGUUGUUCCCACUUCCUUGCAGCAGCAUGUUGUCGAAAUUGCUCACCAUACCCACCAAGGCAUGGUUAAGACAAAGCAACUAGUUAGGGAGAAGGUGUGGUUCCCCGGCAUUGAUAAGAUGGUUGAGGAUGCGGUUAGAUCUUGUAUCCCAUGUCAGGCUUCAUAUCCCGGUCCAAACAAACGAGAACCUAUCUGUCCUACAAAGCUUCCUUCUAAGCCAUGGGAAGAAGUUGCUGUUGACUUUGCAGGUCCUUUCCCAUCUGGCCAAUACUUGCUUGUUGUAAUGGAUGAACACAGCCGGUUCCCAGAAGUGGAGAUUGUUUAUUCGACAGCUGCCAGAGUUGUUGUACCUAGAUUGAAGUCUAUCUUUGCUCGACAAGGAUUUCCCUCUGUCCUGAAGUCAGACAAUGGUCCUCCAUUUCAGGGACAGGAAUUUGCAGAGUUUGCUUCUACCUGUGGGUUCAAACACCGAAGAAUUACUCCUCUUUGGCCUGAGGCCAACGGAACUGUAGAAAGGUUUAUGGCCACACUUAACAAGUUUGUUAGGGCUGCAGUUGCUGCGAACCGUGAUUGGAGAGAUGAACUUCAUGAUUUUCUCAUGCACUAUAGAGCAACUCCCCAUGCAUCCACUCAGAUAUCCCCAUUUGAAGCCCUUGUUGGGAGAAAGAUGAGUAUGGGAUUACCUGAAAUCUCAAAGCCUGUCUAUCCUGUUUCUGUCUCUACUCGUUUGGCGAUAAAUGAUGCAAACAGUAAGCAAAAGAUGAAACAGUAUGCAGACAGCAGACGUCACACAAGUCCGUGUACAUUGAUAGCAGGUGACCAGGUGCUGGUCAAACAGCGUAAGGUUGACAAACUUACACCUCCAUAUAACCCUGACCCUUACACAGUCAAAGAGAGACGUGGAAGCAUGGUUAUCGCUGAUAGGAAUGGUCAUACCAUUACUCGCAAUUCCUCACAUUUCAGACCUGUUAAUGCUAGUAUUCCUGAUCCUGAUCCUGAGGGUGAACCUGAAAGCAUUGUUGAAUGUCCAGUCCCUCAGUUACCUGACCUUGGUUCGAGUCAAUCUGAUUUGUCUCCUACAAUGACUCCUGUUCCCUUGCGCAGAAAUCCACCUAGAGCAGCGGGAAUGCCUAAGAGACUCUGUGAUUUUGAACUGACAUAG